ACGUGCUAUGCCAGCGCAUGGAACAAUGCUGAAAGAGAAGCACUUCUCGAACUUUGUUUGCGUACGGUACGUCAGAAGGAUGUUAUGUUUCAACGGCGACGAACAGCCUGCCUGGCCAGAAUAUUCCCGGAAGUGAACCCAGAUUUGAGAGAAGAACGGAGCUGCAGGAUACUGGAGGAGCCAUCACGAACCGACAGCUCCGACUUCGCGCUCGUCAACAGUGUGGACAAAUGUCUUCGAGAACAGUACCGAAAGCUAGCGAAGGCUGGAAGGGAACAGCGCAGGAGCGCCAGACUCAAGUGCGUCCAGGAAGCCCUGCACGACGGCUCAGCCCUCACGGAAGGUGAACUGGAGUCCCGUUACAGCAACGCGUACGCACAGCAUAGGAAAGCGGUUCGGAGAGCGGACGCAUUCAUAGGAAUACUUUCCGACUGCAUGAGGUACUUCCAUCUGACGCUGAUUGAACAGCAAGAGUACGACCGCCUCAGUCCUCUGUGCAUGCGCCAGGUCUUACCGCAUGUUCCGCCUAGUCAAGUGCGACGCUUCUACGAAGACAUCAUACGCAGGGGAAACCUAACAGUCGAGACUUUGGUCGAUAUUUGUAUCUAUAAGAACUCAACAAGAGGAAAGGUUGUGCGCGACGAAGUAGAAACCCAGUUCGCCUGCCUACGGGAAUCUCUCAACAAUGCUACUCAGGAGGAAGAGGACGUUCUUCGAGAGUUAUUCUGGAACCACACGGAACCUUUGCACUUGGAAUACGAACUGGACUGCAGAGCUAUUCGGGGAAGACCAUUCUGGACAAAGGGCCCAAAUAAAACCCUUCAUUUCGGCUGUGCUGCUGGAUCAAGCCGAGGACGGCGUGAAUACGCAUCUCCACCUCCACCGCCACCGCCACCUCCUACCCCUUCUCCGGUCUCUCCACCAGGAACAGACAAGCCAGACAACGGGCGAGACGUAGCCGAUAUCAAAGCCGAAGCCAUUGCCAAGCUCGACAAAUGCAUGCGUCAGAAACUCCGUGGAAGUGAGCUACGAAAGAAGCACGAAGAACAACAACAACGACACAAGGCCUGGCUUGCAAAACACGCCAGCUGCUGGAGGAGAUACCGAACUCCAGAAGACGCGGUACAGGAGUCUGCAAGAUGGGAGCCCUUCUAUCAACAAACCUUAUCUCGCGACGAUUUCCCCUAGCGAGAGAAGUUCAUAUCACACGCAAUGGUAUCAUCUCCUGUGUGUAUACAAUCUCCAUCCACGUAGAUAAGUCAGAUAAGCAGAUUUUGGAGGAAGCUACUCGUUAUCAGACGUUAUCGCGUGGUGGACAAACGAAAGUGUUUCAUUACUUUCUCAUUCUCUGUCUC